UUUCCUCUCCACAACUCAUCUCACUCAAAAAAAAAAAAUGAAGAAACCUUCACUGCUCUCUUUUCUCUUCACUCUCAUAUUGGUUGCAGCUGCAGUCUGCAUCCAAGGUGAACGGGUGACGGACACCUACGGAUUUCCACUUAGUCCUGGUGAACAAUACUUCAUCCAGCCGGUGAAGACAUGGCGUAACAACGGAGGUGGUCUUGUCCCAGCCGCCAUUACAUUUCCCUUCUGUCCACUUGGCAUCACCCAAACACUCCUUCCGUACCAGCCGGGCCUACCGGUUAGCUUCUCAUAUAAACAGAGGAGGCCGAAUCCCCCCUGGCCCAUACCACCCGUUAACAUUCCAACAUCUUACGCUUUAAAUAUCAAGUUCGAGUCCAACAUAUGGCCGUUCUGCAACGAGUUUUCCACGUUGUGGAAAUUCGAUGAUUCCUCCUCGGCUCCAAAGGAGCCUCCGAUUCUCAUUGGUGGCACCCGUCAAGAACAAAAUAGCAUUUUUAUGAUUGAGAGUGCCGGAGAAGGAGAAAACACUUACAAGUUGACCACCUUUGCCGGAACCGUUGGAGCCAUACCAGGGGUUUGGUUUAAAGCACCACAACUAGUUCUCACGAAUGAUACGGCUAAGACCUUAGUCGUCAAAUUCAAAAGGGUUAUUGAUCCUACUACGGCUGCUACUUCUAUUUCUCGGGCUGAGAAGCAAGGUCUAAGGAUGUUCCCAUUUUACUAGUCAACUAGUAAAAAUCAUGUAGCCUGAAACUCGUCCAUGCCCAAAAAUAUAAUGGGUUGAGAAAAUACCCGUACGCAUGUUCUUAUCUUUCAUAAAUAAAAUAACCUAGGUAACAAUCCAUACUAUGUGCGGAAUAAAUCGAUUUAAAGAAAAUUAUUAUAAGUAAAAUUAUUAAUCUAGAACCAAUAUUUGUGUGUGUUAAACAUAAUAUGUAACUAAAGUUUUUUUA